UUUCCUUCCUUCGCCACCAUAACGCUCUGUGAAUCUGAAACCCUUUAGGGACCAAACAGCCCUAAAGGCAAACAGCCAUCCUUCGUAUUUCCGAGCUUGUCGUUUUGCUCGCUCACCGAAAGGGGGAAAAACCAUUGCGCUCUCUCCUUUGAGCCCCUUCUAAACGCACUUUCUCUCUCUGGAUCCCCAGAGCUGUGUUAUCUUGCCCUACUUCACCCCCACAAGCAACGCGGAAUAUACCAAGAAGGCUCGUCAUCUCGUCUCUUUCGCCUUACGCCUCGAACGGCGUGAUGCUUAUAAAACGAACCCCCAUGGCGCAUUAGCUCACACCGUCUCCGUCAUUUGUUAAGCUGUGUUCUUCCCUUAUUUGGAGGAAGACUCAUUUAUUGUGCGAGAGGAAAGAGGGCUUUAGGUCAUUUUUUUUGUUUCAGUAUUAUCCCAUUGAGAUUCUUUUCUCCAUUGUUCCUGCUACUUAUGGAGGGGGGAACAUCAUGGGAAUCAUACUACUAUAAAGAUAGCGUACAUCACUUAAAGCAAACUACGGAGGGUAAUGACGAAGCCGAAUAUGACCUAAUUUCCAUGGAGAACUUUCUCCCCAAUGAUCUUUUGGAGAGAAUUCUCUCGUUUCUCCCUCUUGCAAGUAUAUUUAAGGCCGCAUGUGUGUGCAAAAGAUGGAAUGAGGUUAUACAUUCCAGGAGGACCAUAUGGGCCAAUCGGGUGCCACAGAAACCUUGGUACUUCAUGUUCACCUGCAAUGAUACCGCAGCAGGAUAUGCUUAUGAUCCAGAUCUUCGGAAAUGGUAUAAUCUUGAGCUCCCUUGUAUUGAGAAGCGUAACUGGUUUAUCUCUUCUUCAUCUGGGUUAGUUUGCUUUAUGGACAAUAAUACUAGGAGCUGCAUCUUUGUUUGUAACCCAAUAACAAAGAACAAGAGAAAGCUCCUUGAAGUUCCUGGUGUGAAAUCCCCUGACUACAGUGCACUCGCCAUUUCCAUGAACACGGAAUCUAGUGGCUAUGAUGUUGUUGUGGUGAAAACGAAGCAAGUACCUGAAGAUUUUCUUCACUGGGAACUUUCAAUCCACUUCUAUGAGUCACAAAGAGAAUUAUGGGUGACUUUGGCUACAGAGGUUUUGGUGGGAUGGAGGGGUGGUGAUGAAGGUGUGAUAUGCAAGGGUGUUUUAUAUUGCUUGAUUCAUUGCACUGGUGUGGUUGGUAAUUCUUUAAUUCGUCAGGGGCUUCUUAUGUAUGAUCUCACUGCCAGAUCAUCAAGCACUCUGAUGAGCACGUCGAUAUCGGUACCAUGCUCCCUCACUUGUGGUAGGCUGAUGAACCUCAGUGAUAAGCUCGUGCUGGUUGGGGGGAUCGCCAAACUUGAUAGGCCUGAUAUUAUCAAGGGAAUAGGAAUUUGGGAGCUUAACAAGAAAGAGUGGCGGGAGGUUGCUCGAAUGCCUCACAAGUAUUUUCAAGGAUUUGGGGAGUUUGACGAUGUCUUUGCUAGCAGUGGUUCUGAUGACCUUAUAUACAUUCAAAGCUAUGGCGCCACAGCUCUUCUAGCAUUUGACAUGAGCAGAAGGCAGUGGAGAUGGUCACAAAAGUGCCCUGUGACAAAAAGAUUUCCUCUUCAGCUGUUCACUGGUUUUUGCUUUUUACCCAGACCGGAAGUUGCCACUUGAUUUGUUCGUCUUGUUACAUUGCAUUUGGUGAAAUGAAAGAGGUCUACAUACUGAUUUGUUUGAUAUGGAGCUAGAUUUGGUGGGGAUUGGGUGAGUCAAUACACUCGAUAUACACAGUAAAAAUCAUUUCCGGUUGUGUUGGUGGUGAAUUCUUUUUCCUUUUUUUUUUUUUUUUCAUUUUCUGAAGUUUUGUGAGGUUCGCUAAUAUUUUCAUUGGUUGGAGGACUGAAAUUUGUAGUUUCUUCUUUUCUUGAUGGAAUCUUGAAGGGAAGAUAUUCUCAGCUUUAUAGCUGCUGGAUCUUUCUAAUUCCUAUGUCGCUUUUUCUUCCAACAAUGCUUCGUCAGCUUAAUGUACUAUUUGCUGUUGUUUGUCCUAUCAAUUCUAAUUUGAUUUGUACUUCAUUUAGGGUUUUGAUCACUAAUUGAACAGUUUUGUGUGGCUCACCCGUAUCUUGAGAUUUAGCAGCAUGUUCCAAGCAUUUACGGGGUUAAUCCAAAUGCUGAUGCUGACCUUGAGGGCGGCCAGCUUCAUUUAAGAAGAGGAAAUAUGAGAAAGAUUAUAACCCCCCUCAAUUCUUCCGAUUAUUUUGAGAUAAUGACAAUUA